AUGAAGAGUUUACUCAUCUCGUUGGUUGGUAUUGCUUCAUGUUUUAGUGGUGCCUGCGCACUUGAAGUUUCAGAUGCUGAUUUUGACGAUGUUGUUCUCAACUCUAAUAAGACUUCUUUUGUUAAGGUGUAUGCCUCUUGGUGUUCACACUGUAAAGAGCUUGCUCCUGCAUGGGAGGCUCUAGAGAAGGCUUAUAAGGAUAGUGAAGAGAUCCAAUUUAUUGAAAUUGAUGGUGAUAGGAACAAAAAGUUCUCCAAGCGCUUUAACGUUGAUAGUUUCCCUGCUUUGAAGCUUUUCAAGCAGGACGACCUCACUAAGCCCAUUGAGUACGAAGGAACUACAGAGUUGGAAUCCUUGGAUAAUUUCGUCAAGGAAAACACAAAAAUUGAGGUUGCUAAACCUGCUAAAAUUUCUCGUGUGGUCAAAUUGGAUGAUAGUUCAUUUGACAGAUUGGUGAGUAAAAACCAUAAAAGUGCCUUCAUUUUCUUUUCCUCUCAGAAUUGUGAGGAUUGUGCCAUAUGGGAGAAUGCGUGGGAAAAAUUGGCUGAUGUGUUUCACUUAGAGAUGGAUAAAGUAAUCAUUGGUGAAGUUCUCAAAGAGGGCGACGAACCUGUCGAUUAUGUUACUGCCUUGUUCAAAGUUACUUCCUACCCAACCAUCGUGUUUGUUGAUAAGGGAAACACAGAUAAACCAGAAUUGUUUGCGGGAUUAUCGAGAAUCGAAGAUUUGCUCGACUUCCUAAACGAAAAACUUCACACGAAGAGAACGGCUACCGGAGAAUUAAUGGCCUCAGCAGGUACAAUCCCACAAAUGGACGAGUUGAUGAUUAACUAUGUUAAGGCCGAUAUUCAGGAUAGGCAGGACAUGGUGGAAGAUGUGAUCACCGAGUUGAAAAAGGUUGAUAGCACCGUUUAUAAAUAUGAGAUUAAGUAUUACGCCAGAAUCAUCAGCGUUCUUUUAAGCAUUGACAGCCGAAAGUUUGUUACUGCAGAGUUGGAACGUUUAGGCAACUUGAAGAAAGACAAAGAUCUCGGUGCUGACGCUGCCGACAGGUUACAGAUGAAACUCAAUAUGUUACAGUUGUGUGACGAUGCUCUCAAUGGAAAGCCUUAUUCUGGCGAAGAUACCACCGCCAAAUCUGGCAAGACUACCAAGGUCGCCAAAGAGGCCAACAGAGUUCCAGAGAAAGAUGAAUUGUAA